CCCGCAGGAAGGGGCGGGUUGUCCUGGCAACCCUGGACCGAGCUUUGCAGGCCGUGGCAUGCACCCGUGCUUUCGCUCCGCAUCCUGGCAUUCGGGCGGUUCGGCUGCCGGUUGGAGCGUUGAUAUGGUUGGGGCCAUAUCCUCCAUGGAGUCCUCCAAGGGGGAGCCCAUGAGUGGUGGAAACGGCAAACCGGGCUGCCAGCUUCCUUCCAUUUCAAGAGCGGCCUGUGCUAGAGAUCUGGAGAAGGUUCCAGAGAAAAGCGAUUUGGGCAUGACCAAGGUGGAAAGGAGAUACAAUGCCAAGCACAGUGAUGCUCUAGAAUCCAAGGGUUCCUUGGCCAACAAGAUGGCCUCUGACAGAAGGGCCAGUCUUUUGUCUUCUGAUGAAGCAGGUCUGAGAGUCCCUGAGCCUCCGGGAUCCACUGGGGUGGUGAUUCACUCUGACACAGCUGCGGAGAUGGGUCAGAAGUCCUCCUCCUCUUCCUCCUCCCCAUCCUCUGCACAGUCUAGUCGCUCCUUGGAAUUUUCACUGCCUGGAUUCCAGAAGGAAACAUAUCCUGAGGAAUUCAGCCUGCUUAAGUCACAGACAAAAGAUGGGCAGCGUCCUGAGUGGACAUUUUAUCCAAGGUUUAGCAGCAAUGUCCACACCUACCACGUUGGAAAGCAGUGCUUCUUCAGUGGGGUCUUCCGGGGCAACAGGAGGUCUGUGGCGGAGCAGACAGUGGACAAGAGCCUUGGAAGAAAGAGAUAUGAUAUUGAUCCCAGAAAUGGAAUCCCAAAGCUAACACCAGGGGAUAACCCGUACAUGCUCCCAGAACAAAGUAAAGAGUUCUUCAAAGCAGGGGCAACUCUUCCGCCUGCCAACUUUUCACUGAUUCCUUAUGAGAAAAAGUUUGAUACAUUUAUCCCACUGGAACCACUUCCACAGAUUCCCAACUUGCCUUUUUGGGAGAAGGAGAAGGCUAACAACUUGAAGAAUGAGAUCAAAGAAGUCAAGGAGCUGGACAACUGGCACCCACCACCACCCUUUCUACACAGUUUUUUCUCCUCUGGGACUGGGGAGAUGGCUCCACGGUUAAGGGUGCUUGCUGCUCUUCCAGAAGACAAGAGUACAGUUGUCAGCACCCAAGUCGGGAGGCUCACAAUCCCCUAUAACUCCAGCAACUUCUUCUGGCCACAUCGGAUAUCCUCACACGUGUUGCAUAUACAUGCACACACAUAUACACAUAAAUAAAAAAUAAAUAUUAAAGAAUGUUUUGCAAUAUGGUAUUAAUUACCAUGGCAGGGUGCAUGCAUUCAUUUUGCAGUAAAGAUACUAGGACACCAGUUUUCCCAGUGAUGGCUAAUGAGUAAAUGAGAGGAAGGGUCUAGGGAUGCCAAUCUGGGGGUUGGGGUGGAGCUAGAGAGCUUGUCUUAAAUUGAGUAUACUUAUUUGGGGGAGAUUAUGAGGACCAUGGGUGGUGACUAAUAAUCUUCCUAACUAUGCCUUGAUGUUGCUGUUGACUCUCAUCCCUAAUUUUAGCCUUUUUCUGUUUAGUCUCUUGGUGUUAAAAGAUAGGUGAGGGCUGGCAACAUGGUUCAACAGUAAAAGCACUUACCAAGCAAGCCCAGUGACAUGAUUCUGAUCUCUGGAAGCCACUGUGGAAGGAAAGAACCAACUCCUGGAAAUUCUCUUCUGACCUCCACAUAUAUGGUGUGGCUGCAGCAUCCCUCUCCAGUAAUAAAUAAAAUUGAAAAUAGUAAAACACAACACAACACAACACAACAAAACAAAAAAACAACAGGUGAGAUAGAAAUAGAUAUUUUAGGUAUUUUCCUCAGGUAAGUAAAUGUCAAUUUAGUCAGAUCCAGGUCCAGGUGAUUAUGGUGACAAAAUGGAGAAAGAUGUAGCCUAAAAUUCCUUUGUAAGUUAGGGAGACCACUAGUGUCUUUCUUUCCAAAUUUCUUGACUUUCCCCAAUUGUGUUUCUUGCAUGUCAAUAGGUAUUAUGUGAAAAAAGGUUUCUCUGUCAGAUCAAUUUGGAAAUUCUUUAAAAAAGCAAAGAAGA